AACACAAUAUCUGCUCUAAUCCACGACUCGCCCGACCGAGCCGUCACGGCUAUUGAGCUUUUGACAGGAAGCGACAACUUCGAUAUUGUGUCGGGCGACCUUAAGCGUCCCGACUGCUUAUUUAAGUACGUUAAAUCUAUUACAGCGAAUAUCUACCCCUUAGUGGAACCGCACUUAGUUAGGGCGAGGUCUAGGCGUUCGAGCGCUACCGUAAAUAGUCGCGCCGCGAAGCCGAAGCCUACUAUACGAUCUUCCGGUACCUAUCCCCGCAUAUUACUUCGCGAAACCACUAGCGAGCGCUAUAGUAGCGCGCGCGAAUUUGUCGAUCGAGUACAGUUACUCGUGUAUCGAUUAAAUACUAUCGUACCUAGAUCUAUUAGCGACCGAACGUAUAUUGCGAUCUUACUAACGCAAAUCGGACCGGAAUAUAUUCUAGUUAAUAACAAGGAUCCGGUGAAUCCGAUCACGAUCGGAAAUCGUCUGUCGAAUGCUAAGUGGAAGGUCGGUAGGGCCCGCCGACUUCUAAGAGACCGAGGAUCAAUAUCUAGUCUACAGCCCUACUACGAGAUACUAGACACAGCGAGCGAUCUAGUGGAAGCCGAAGGGAUUAGUACGCGUGCUAAAGCUAUUGCGAGACCGCUAUUCGAUAGUAGCGUAUCUAUAGAAUAUUUUUGUGUAACGCUAAAGACGAACCGUAGGGACUACGUACCACGCGGAGGAGGAUCUACUAAUCCUACAGUGCUAUAUAAGCAAGAGAUCUCGCAAGCGACACGCUCGGAUAGGAUAUCUAAACUAGGGCGACUUGAGGGUGGUCCUCCGGUAGACCGGCACUCCGUACCAACCGCUAAUAUAGGCGUAGCUACUAGCAACGCCGCAGUGCUCGGCGUAUAUAUCGGGAACUCCCGCGCAAGACAGCCACGUCUAUAUUCAACGAGAAUUUUUGAAUUAAUCUAUUCGGACCUCAUAGAGAUACCGAUUGCUAAAAAUAGCUCUAGUUUAAAGCCUAGGUGCGCCGAUAGUUCGGCGCCUAGAUCAAAAGAUUUCUCACUGAUAACGGGAGAGAAUAUCUAUCAAUUAGAAUAUAUCUCGAAUCCUAGGGAGUUGAGGCAGAAUAGGCUAGCGGAACGCACUAAUCGUACUAUCCGGGAGCGGAUCAAUACGCUCCUAUCCGAUACGAAUCUUUCUCCUUUCUAUGGUCUAUCUAAAGCUACGUACGCUAGUAUCGAUCUUACAGAAGAAGACUCCUACAAGCUCUAUAAAAUAUAUUCCGGAAAGACCGUCUUUUCCCGUGAUAUCGAGUUCGAUAAGAGGACCCCGAUAGCGCUAUUUAUCGAGAGGGAAAUAGGCAACGACCUCCUAGACAAUGCUCCUCUAUCACUAGUCUUUCUAUUAAUACCAAGUUCGAUCAGCGGGCUACUAACACUAUCUAUAUCGCCUUUAGCUCUAUCGAAUAAGCAAGAGCAAACGCUAUCUAAGCGAACCGACUUGACUUCGGACCUUAGGUAUUCGAUCUAUAGUCGUAGACGAAGACCGUCACAGCGUCUCCUAGAGUCACUAGUAGGCGCAUUAAAUACCGCACUAGUAAGAUACGUCGACCCGGCGACUUUCUAUAAGGCCGUAUUAGGCCUAAACUAG